GCCGUUGGUGUCCUACCAGCAUCUGUUCCUCCUUUUUUUUUUUUUUUUUUUCUUUUUUGCAUUAAAAAUAGACGGUGCUGAUAACAGACUUAUGUUUCGGCUGCAUCACUUCCCGUCGGGAAUAAUUUGUGCGCUACUUUCAUUUUAAUCGCCGAACCGUGACCGCGAGUGCGCAAAUGCGCAUCGGUCUGCGCAUCUUUGAAUCUUCAGAACUACACUGUGGACAAUCUCCCUGACAUCCAAAGACCUCUCCUCCGCAAUCCGACGAGGCUUCUUCACCGCCUAUGGCCGCACAUCGGCAUCCCUGAGCCGCGCGCUGGCCUCGUCUAGGACCCUUCACCCGUCGUUGUCCUCUAAAGGUCUUUAAAUCAGGGAGACAUCUCUACAAACAUUUUUUUAUCUUUCUCGGCUGACUAUUUUUAAAGAACCCGGUGCUAUGCUGGGCCCAUCUAUCUAGAUCUUGUGAUCAAUACACGAGCUCUCCUCCCACAUUCGUCCGACCGAGACCCUGGUACUCACAUCGAGCCCCAGCAAAUGCAUCCUAACGCAGUGAUGCUGGCGGCGGUCCUUUUGGGGAACUUGAUGCUGCUGCCUUUCAUCUCGGCUCAAAACGCUGGGUUUGUGAAGUCGCCCAUGUCUGAGACUAAGCUCACGGGGGACACCUUUGAGCUGUACUGCGACGUGGUUGGUAACCCCACUCCGGAGAUCCAGUGGUGGUAUGCGGAGAUCAACCGGGCCGACUCCUUCAAGCAGCUGUGGGAUGGAGCCCGCAAGCGUCGGGUAUCUAUCAACACGGCCUACGGCACCAAUGGGGUCAGUGUGCUCGGCAUCACGCGCCUCACACUGGAGGACUCGGGGACCUAUGAGUGCCGGGCCAGCAACGACCCCCGGCGCAAUGACCUCCGACAAAACCCUGCCAUCACCUGGAUCCGCGCCCAGGCCACCAUUUCGGUGCUACAGAAACCAAAGAUCAAUGCCUCUGAUCAGACCAUCCUGUCAGCGGACACCUCUGGCAAACCAGUUACCCUGCAGUGUAACCUCACCACUGCCCACACUGCCCACAAGGAUAGCUUCUGGAUGAAGAACGGACAGAAGAUCCCCAAUACACAGACAGAGCAGAAGAACACAGCGUACAGAAUCACUAAACCACGGGCAGAUGAUUCUGGGGAAUACAUGUGUGUUUACACAUUUGACAUGGCACCAAAUGCAAAUGCUACAAUUGAAGUAAAAGCAAAACCUGAUAUCACUGGCCACAAGCGAAGUGAAAAUAAAAAUGAGGGGGAAAAUGCAAUGCUGUACUGUAAGUCUGUUGGUUACCCACAUCCCACCUGGACAUGGCGUAAAGUGGACGGAACAUCCUACACGGACAUUGACAACUCCACUGGACGCUUUUUCAUCACUAACAGAGACAACUACACAGAGCUCAACAUAUUAAACCUGGAUAUAAACACAGAUCCUGGACUAUACGAAUGCAAUGCCACCAACGUGAUUGGAAACACUGCUCAGACCACUAUACUACGGGUGCGCAGCCAUCUUGCGCCACUUUGGCCUUUCCUGGGUGUGCUCGCAGAGAUUAUAAUCCUAGUAGUCAUCAUCGUUGUGUACGAGAAGCGCAAGAGGCCAGAUGACAUAAUUGAUGAUGAUGAACCAGUUGGUCCAAUGAAAACAAAUUCAACAAACAACCACAAGGACAAAAACAUCCGCCAGAGGAAUACAAAAUAAGCAAUUUACUCAAGUGAGAUGGCUAAACUGCAUUUUUUUGACAACAUGAAGGUAUCAGCGUUGGAUAGAGCUCUGGGCAGUUUUGAAAAAAGCAUAUCUUGUCUCAUUUUAUGAGAACCAAUAUCAGCAUAACACUGGCAACAAAAAGAACAUAAUGGCUGUCUUAAGCAUGCCUUAUUCAGUCUUACAUGGAGAUUUCAGGAUGACGAAUAAUGACUAAAACCACCACAGAGGUGUACACAUUUUUAAUGUGCUGUUGAUGUCUCCUUUAUUAAUUUUAUCAUGUCCUCAAAUGAGGUGAUCCCUUUUGUAUUACAUAUCAUGUACAAUGCAUGCAAGAUAAUUACGCAAUAGGAUACUCAGAAUAGACAUUUUCUGUUGUUAUCCCUCGUGUGGCUUUUUUUGCAUCUAAAAUGACCUAUGUUUUUUAUGGAGUCAUCCUUAUCACAUAUAUAUAUAUAUAUAUAUAUAUGUAUAUGUAUGUAUGUGUAUAUAUAUAUAUAUAUAUAUAUAUAUAUAGUUAGUUUUAUUGAAGAUUUGUACAGCAUAUCAUGGUCAUUUAACUAUGUUUGAUUUUGUGACAAGAAGUCCACUUUUAACAGAACUUUUAUUGUGAAGCAAGGGCUUCAAUGACUGGCAGUAUUUAAAUUUAAUUGAGAGUGAUUACAGAAAAUGACUAAUGUGUGUUUAACUAUCUUAACUAAAAUGAUAAUGUGUAUUAUUUUUAUUUUCUUUCCAGAGUAACUUAGGUGUCUUGUAUAUGUUGAAGUAUGAGUGUUCAAAUGAUAGGAAAUCUGUAAAAAAAAUAUUUUUUUUAUAUUUCCCAAUUUCAUGAAUUGAUUUUUAUUUUUUAUUUUUUUUUCUCUUUAACUGUAUAGCAUGGCUAUAAUCCUAUGCAAUAUGUAUUCUUAAAUAGAUAUAUGGAGGGCAGUUUGUUUUACUCAGUGAAGCUUUAAUAUUGUGGGAUCACUUGGAAGCUGGCAUAGCAAAAUUCACUGCUGUAGCUGCAUGACUCCUCUUUCAAUACAAUGUAUCCAUGUGUGUUGCGGUGGGAAUGGACCUGCAUUAAGAUGUGAACAGAGGGACCAGAGUAUAUAGCCACGAUCAAACAUAUGAGUGAGACCAAUAUUUUUUUUCUGAAUAAAAAGUUUAAAAAUGAAUCCUUUUUUUUUUUUUUUUUUACAAGUUCUUCCUCUAACCAAACUAAAUUCAGUACAAUUGAGAACAAGCUCUUUGGGCAAUAUACCAUAACAACUAAUAUGUAACAACAUUUCCAACAACAUCGGCAGCACAGCAAGAAACACUCCACCACCACCACCACCAGGCACUGCCUACACAAACUGUAUAAGAGAAAAAAACACAUUGCACUGACUUGACCUCUCUGCCUUCAGCUGUUGUUAAGAUUCUUCAGUCUUGAAGCAGUUUCCUCAGCUCCCCCUCCACAUUCUCCACAAAUGCAUGAAAGCUGGGAUCCAGCAAACAAACACGAAGGAAGGGUUCCAAGUCACCUUGUGCCAAAGAACCGUGGCGAUACACUUGAGGCAGAGUCACAGCAGUCUCUCCCAGGAGGUGCUGUGGAAGGUCCAGAGAAUAUUUCAGUGAGAAUAUUUUCAAAGAAGAAACAGUUAACUGAGCAGCCUAUAAUAGAAUUCAUAAUUUACAGUAAGAAAGCAAAUUUACUAAGCAGCCUACACCUCAGUAGGAAUCAAUAAAAACAUUUUGCUCAUUAGUUAAAAUAUAAUACAGAUUUACAAAUUGAUUUGUUACAAAGUUGCUCAGUGGUUUUUAAGUCAAUACCUGUGCAAGACGCUUUAUGGACAAUGAUCCUUGGACAACCUCAGGCUCAAUUCCCACAGCCUUUCCCUGCCAAGUUUGCUGACACAGGGUGACACACAAAAGAAGAAAAAAAGAUUUGACGAACACAGUACGACACCACAGGGUUAAGAGGCCAAUCAAUGGCUUCAUUACUAAUUGAAAGAUAUCUACCCCUCAAAGCCCUUUCAUCUUCACUGUGAACUCCUUCAGUGAGUCUGUUCAUUAAAGGUCAAAUCCAACCCCAUGGCAGAGUCCAUUCCUUUCUCAGUCCUUCGUGUUAAAUGUUGUGAAGCCCAGAGGAGCUGGAUCCAAGUUUUUCUCAGAAUCCAAUUUCUAAUUAACCAUAUGCUCUCGAGUGUUUUCAAGUUUGAAAGUCAAUAAAAGGCAAGUACUGACAUGAGGCGCCAAGAAUCUCAUCCCCGUGUCAUUCGUAGAGUGUACAUUUCAGCUGGUUAAAUGCUUUGAUGACAUGUUUUUUUUCUUCUGUUGUUGUUGUUGUUGUUAGUGUUGGUUUUUAGCUUUUGGACAAAGGUUUUUCUUUUCAUAAUCAACAAUCUGACUGUUAAAGGCAAUAUUAACAACUAUUUUCUUCAGUGGCUGAAGCAGUAUGCCACUUCGAUGGUUGUAUUUAUGAAUUAAUUAUAUUAUUGUUCUACA